AUGGGCAAGUCGAAGAAACUGAAAUCAAGUGCCGGCGAUUUGAUUUCCAAGUCAACACUUCCAUUGGAUCUGCAAAUUGAACAGAAUAAACGUGAAAGUGGGCGUGGCACAGCACGAGUGAAACAACGAAAAUUGAAACGCACCAAACCGGAUGAUGAGUACAUCGAUGAAUCACUAUCAAGUAAAAUUCUUAAAACAGCUUGGAAGCAAAAACAAGAUAUAGAAGCAGUGGAGAAAACACAAGUAGAAAAUAUGAUACACGAGGAUGCAUUAAAAAGGAUACGAAAAGUAAGUCUUGGAAAUGAUUCAGUAAGUUCUCUGUCGGAUGGCGAUAUCGUCUCUGAUAAUGACGAUUAUGACGAUGUUUCUAUGCAAAUAAAUCCGGAAGAUGAAGCAGCAGUCGAAAAGUUUAUAUUAAAAACUGAUGCUGUAUCCCGGACACUUAACGAUAUCAUAAUUGAAAAGAUUGAGAAGAAAAAAGCGGAACUUGAGUUUCGGUCGAUCUGUCCAGAGGAUGAUGGCUUUAUGAUAAAACAGAUGGAUCCAGCAGUUGUGGAAAUGUACCGCGAAAUUGGAUUAGUGUUAUCUCGUUAUCGAAGUGGUAAAAUACCCAAAGCUUUUAAAGUCCUUCCUAAAAUGAUGAACUGGGAACAGUUAUUAUACCUUACGAAUCCUGAUAAAUGGUCAGCAGCAGCUAUGUACCAAGCGACUAGAAUAUUUGCAUCAAAUCUUCAUGCUAAAAUGUGUCAGAGGUUUUACAAUUUGAUAUUAUUGCCACGGUUGAGGGAUGAUAUUGCCGAAUAUAAAAAGCUCAAUUUUCAUCUAUUUCAAGCUCUAAAUAAGGCAGUUUAUAAACCGCAAGCUUUUUUCAAAGGAAUUCUUCUGCCACUUUGCGAAUCGGGAACAUGUACAUUACGUGAGGCAACGAUUUUUGGUUCUGUGUUAACAAAAGCAUCGAUACCAAUGAUGCAUGCUGCAGUCGCGAUGCUUAAGAUCGCAAAUAUGGAAUACACUGGAUCGAAUUCGUUGUUUUUGAGGAUAUUGAUUAAUAAAAAAUAUGCUUUACCGUAUAGAGUCAUCGAUGCACUGAUAAAGCAUUACUUAAGGUUUCGAGAGGAAGAACGAAAGUUACCCGUUCUAUGGCAUCAAUCACUACUAGCCUUUGUAGAACGAUAUAAAAAUGAUUUCAGCGAUGAGCAGCGCGGAGCUUUGAUGGAGCUAACAAAAAUGCAAAAUCAUUAUCAAAUAACACCCGAAGUUUGCCGUGAGUUAGUGUCUAGUAAGAAGAAAGAAAAUGAACCGGUAACCAAGUGCUGA